UCGGACGCAGCAUCUCUCGGUGAAAUGUUGGGCAUACUGAGUCUUUGGUUUGUUCUCUACUUAGUUGGCCUUAUCCAAGGGCGUUCUGUGGGCGGAGGGUCGGGAAACUUGGAUGAAUGGCAGGAGUUUGCGGUACCUCAGCCAGAUCCAACAAUCUUUGCUUACAAUCAGACUGAUAAGGAACUACCCUGGGACAAUACAUGGCACUAAAUAGUUGAAUAUUAAGAACUAAAAUAAAUGCAACCAUACAUAAGUCUAAA